AUGUCGAACACUCGUGAUUUUUAAAAUUCAUAUCACAAAAUUUUCAAUGAUGUUACCUUUAAAAGGUCUUCAAACGAUGCGGAGAUUACUCAUCAGACCUUACUCCAGCAGUGUAACCCAAAGUUCGAACCUGUCAGCGCUGAAAAAGAGUCUCGAAGCACGAAAUCAACUUGACCUCUUGAAGAAAAUCGAGUCAAAUGAAAAUAUUGAUCCUCGUUUCUUACCAAAUUUGAUCCAUCCUGACGUCUUAACUUACGGCGAAACCCCAAAAGAGGUUUCAGUUCACAAUGAAAUUCCGAAAUUUCCCAAAAAACCCGCGAAUUUCGGAGAUAUUUGUCACAAAUUGAAUUUACUGAAGAUGGAUGUCGGCGAAUUUGCGGGUUCUCGAAGUUAUUAUCUCAUGCACGACUUGGCAGCACUCGAACGAAGUCUCAUUUUGUACGCCGUUGAACGUCUUAGGCGUGAAAAAUUCGAACUUGUUGCUGUUCCCGACAUUUUGCCAGCUCGCAAUAUCGAAGCAUGCGGUAUGCAAGUUCAUGGCUUACGAAAUCAAGUCUACAAAUUGAGCGACAAAACCGAUGGAAGCGAAAUGUGUCUUUCGGGGACGUCAGAAAUGGCUCUUGCGACAUUCCUUUCGGGCAAAAUCUUCAAAAAAUCGGAUUUGCCACGAAAAUUUAUGGCUGUUUCGCGUUGUUUUCGUGCCGAAACGUCAAAAAUCACGGAAGAACGCGGGAUUUAUCGCGUUCAUCAAUUCAACAAAGUCGAAAUGUUUGGCGUAACUGCGCCCGAAGACUCUGAAAUUGCCUUGGAAAAGUUCAAAUCGAUCCAAAUUGAGCUUUUUAACGAUUUGGGAUUGAAUUUCAAGGUACUCGAUAUGCCGCCGCAUGAACUGGGAGCGCCCGCUUAUCGAAAAUAUGACAUUGAGAGUUGGAUGCCGGGCAGGGAGAUGUACGGAGAGCUUUCGAGUUGCAGUAAUUGCACGGAUUAUCAAAGUUCGAGACUGAAUAUUCGCAUGGAAGGCGGGGAAUUUGCUCAUACGAUUAAUGGGACAGCAGCGGCGAUCCCGAGAUUGUUAAUUGCGAUAAUUGAAAGCUUUCAGGAUAAAAAAGGCAUUGAAAUUCCAAAAGUACUGAGGAAAUAUAUGAAGAAAUCGAGGAUAGAACGGGAUAAAGUAGUGCCAGCGACGAAAUUGAUCAAAGAUGUGACGAGGGAAAUGUAUGCGGAGAUGUAAAAAUAAUAAAAAGCAGAGCUUUUUAGUCUUCAGGUUUGAGCCAAAAAAUUUAUUUCCUAAUAUUUUCUUCGUCAAUAAGGAUAAUGCCAUCAUCAAA